GGGAUUGUCAUUUACAAUUUCCUUAUAACGACUGUUGUGUAAAACUCUAUUCAAAAUGGGAUGCUCUUUUUUUACUGACAAAGAUAACAUUGGUUUCCUAUGCAUCACAAACAUUGUCAUAGGAAUCAUUUUUGGAAUUGUACUGAUGUUUCUACGUAAAAACAGAGACAAAACGGACGAAUAUGAAAGUGUGCAAAGAUCGACGACAAUAAAUGACGAAUAUGCGGGAUUUUCCCCUGAAAACAUAAUACAACGAAAUCAUCUUCCACGAUCAACCAGAUUAAUAGGAAGAAGUCGCCAGAGAAACCUACGAUGUACAGAGCCAGUUUACGUGAAUAGACGUUAUGAUUACUUAGAUCCAGAAUUUCACGAAAGGGAUCCAAACUAUCCUAAACCGAUCCAUUGUAUGGAGGAAAAUAGUGACCUAGACCGAACCCAGAUGGGUCAUUAUAUAAAUGUAUGCACGGGCAAAGGACAAGGCAAUCAGAAUCCACUUGAUGAUUAUCUAGAGCCAGGAGAAAAGUCUUGUAAAUAAAGAAUAAGACAAUU